CGGGCACGGCGGCGCAGGGCCCGUCCCCCGCGGGCGCCCCUUGCGCUCGGUCGCGGCGCCGGACGGAGCUCGGGGCUGGCUCCGGCCAACGGGAGGCUGCGGACGUUGCGCAAACCGUCCCGAGCCGCCCCCGCGGCGGGACCGUGUUUGCUCGGACCCUGCGCUCUGCCCUCCCGCGCCACGUGAUGCCUCGGGCCCGAGGUCAACUCCUCCGCCCCGGGCCGCCGCCGUCCGCGGCUCCUGCAGCAUGAGCGGGGCCUGGGCGCUCCUGGUGCUCCCCUGGGCGCUCUGCUGGCCCGCGCCGCUGCGAGAGAAAUUUCUGGGCGCUUUGGAUGCAGAAGAUGUUUUCUCGUAUUUUGGAACCAGCUCAGUGUCCAAUGUACCUGAGUUUGCUGUUGCUGAGCCAACUUGCCCUUGUAAAGAAGGGCAGAUUGGGCUGAAGUCCUGUUGCAUUCAGCAUUGCUCCAUUGAGGCCUGGGGAGAACUCUAUUCCUUUGAAUUUCUGGAGGACCAUACCCUCCUUUCCUCUUCCUUUGUGAGCAAUCAGGUGGUGAACUCUUCCUUUAGCUUACUGAAGCGAUUCCCAGGCAACUGCUUUGCAGGUGGAAAUCUACUGCAACCCUCUGGGAUGAAGUGUAGAGUCACUUACUGUGAAGGGCAGCUGCAAGGAGUUGUCAUUGCAGAUGAGGAAAAGAUUCAUAUCAGGCCUGUGAGAAGCAAAGAUGUGGCCCUGCUGAAGGACCUUGGCUUUUCCAAACCUCACGUUGUCUUCAGAAGUGCUGCAAGAGAGGCAAAUACAGCAAGAGCAGGGUGGUUUCCCUCUCGCCUGCAGAAGAGGGCUGAGGGGACUGUCAAACAUCUGGAGCUGAUGGUCAUAGCAGGUCCAGAUGUUUACUUGUACCACAAAGAGGACACGGAGCGGUAUAUUCUUGCCAACCUGAACAUUGGGGCAGAGCUGCUGAGAGAUGCCUCACUGGGAGCUCAUUUCAGGGUUCAUCUUAUGCAAAUGCUUGUUUUGAGAGAGCCAGAGGCAGAGGUAAACAUCACAACAAAUAUCACCUCCUCGCUGAUCAGCGUUUGUGAGUGGAGCAAGAAGGUCAACCCCCAGAAUGACUCUGACCCCCAGCAUGCUGACCUUGUCCUCUAUGUCACGAGGUUUGACUUGGAGUUACCUGAUGGGAACAAGGAGUUGCGUGGAGUGACUCAGUUAGGUGGAGUCUGCUCCUCCUCCUGGAGUUGUGUUAUUACCCAGGACACUGGCUUUGACCUUGGAGUCACUAUAGCCCAUGAGAUUGGGCACAGUCUUGGAAUCCCCCACGAUGGUGAGGGGAAUCGGUGCAGCAGCAGCGGUUACAUCAUGGGUUCAGCAGGAAACCACAACAGCAUCGACCUCACCUGGUCUCAGUGCAGUCGAGAAGAGCUCCUGGCCCUUAUCAGUACAGGCCAAACAGACUGCUUAAAUGACCUGCCGGACAUGGACGGCAGCAUUCCUGGAUGGAAGCCUGGUUUGUACUAUGGAGCGGAUGAGCAAUGUAAAAUAGCCUUUGGGACUGUUGCCACAGCAUGCACCUUUGCUGACAGCAAUGUUGACAUAUGUGAAGUUCUCUCAUGCCAUGUACAACCAGCAGACAAAUCCAGCUGUACUCGGCUUCUUGUGCCUCUCUUGGAUGGUACGGAGUGUGGAAUCAAUAAGUGGUGCUCCAAGGGACAGUGCAGAUCUCUGGAAGAACUGAACCCUGCAGCUGUAGUCCAUGGGCAGUGGUCUGGCUGGAGCCCCUUCUCCUCCUGCUCCCGCAGUUGUGGAGGUGGAGUUGUGAUAAGGCAACGGUUCUGUAACAACCCCAGGCCUGCUUUUGGAGGGCAGGAAUGCCCUGGUGCCAGCAUGCAAGUGGAGAUGUGCAAUACUCAGGCCUGUUUGAUGACUCAGCAAGACUUUAUGGCUGAACAGUGCGCGGCAACAAAUUCAGAGCCACUGUAUCUCGCUGUAGGAGCACCAUCCUUUUAUACCUGGACUUCUGCUGUUGGCUUUGCCAAAGGGGACAUGUUAUGCAAACACAUGUGCAGGGCUGUUGAAAACGAAUUCAUGGUAAGCCGUGGAGACAGUUUCAUAGAUGGAACCAGAUGUGAGCAGGAUGACUCCAAGGACCACUGGGCUUUCAAUCUGUGCGUAAUGGGAAGCUGCAGAGCAUUCGGGUGUGAUGGCGAGAUGGACUCUGGAAAGACAAUGGACUCUUGCAAGGUCUGUGGGGGUGAUAAUACCACUUGCACCAAAGUGAGUGGAUCUUACACAGAAGGAAAAGCUAAAGAGUAUGUUACAUUUCUGUCUCUGCCGUAUAAUACCACCUUGGUCCAUGUUACCAAUCAGAGACCCCUCUUCACACAUUUGGCUGUGAAGGUUAAAGGAGAGUAUGUGGUUGCUGGAAAAGGCAAAAUCUCACUGAAUGUCACCUAUCCAUCAGUUUUGGAGGAUAACCAGAUCAAAUACAAAGUUUUUCUCACUAAGGACAACCUGCCAAGUCUGGAGGAAGUCCAUGUGGAUGGGCCAACGAAGGUAGCUAUCGAGAUACAGGUCUAUCGAAGGUAUGGAAAGGAAUAUGGCAAUGCCACCAACCCAGACAUUACCUUCAGCUACUUUGUCCCAAGAGAGAAUCUGAUGUAUAUAUGGAUUCCUCAGCAGGGUCCAUGUUCAGUAACCUGUGGGGAAGGGAUGCAACCUGUGGAUCAUGUGUGCUUUGACCAGGCAAAGAAUGAAAUCACAGAGGAGCAAUGGUGUCUGGAGCUCCUGCGGCCACUUCCAGAGCACAAGCCCUGUGUCAUGGAGCCAUGCCUGUACAGGUGGAAGAUGUCUCAGAUAGGUGAAUGCUCUGCUGCCUGUGGAACUGGAGCUGCCCAGCAGAAUCUGACCUGUGUUCAGUUUCGUGGUGGAUUGGAGACUGUUGUGGAUGACAGCUUGUGCCCAGCAGAAGAAAAACCCCUCUCCAUUGUGCCGUGUGUGGUUAAUGUCUGCCCUUUAGGCUGGGGCAAAGAGGAAGAUGCACACGUACUUCAGACUUUGGAGUCACUUGGGCAUAUCCAACUGGAAAAUCAGACUGUGUAUGUCUGGAGCCCUCUAGCUGGAGAGUGUUCCGUCUCCUGUGGUAGAGGUAAGACUCGGCUACAGUAUGUAUGUGUAGCUUUUGACACCAAAGAAGAAACCAGAGAAGAAAACUGUCAUCCAGUGCCAAAGCCGGAAAGCAGGAUGGAAGUCUGUGAUCUUAGUCCCUGCCCACCCAGAUGGAAGGUAACCCCAGCUGGGCCCUGUUCCUCCAGCUGUGGGCUUGGCUUAGCUGUUCAGCUGGUCACCUGUGUGCAGAUUCACCAGGGCAAGGAGGUUUUGCUGGAGGAGCGUUUGUGUCCUGUGGCAGAGAAGCCUCUUGCCAGCGUCCCCUGUGUCAUCCGAAUGUGCUCGUAUGAAUGGAGCUUCAGUGAUUGGUCAGAGUGUUCAACUUCAUGUGGGAAUGGCAUUCAGACACGGCAGGAUUUCUGCCUCAACCUGCUAACCCGUAAGCAUGUGAAGCCCAUCUUCUGCAGGCACUUCCCCAAGGCCAUUGUGGUACGUGGCUGUUCCACAGGGCCCUGUCCUGAGCCAGUGGUGGAGACUGGGUCCCAUGGAGCACAACUACAGACAGUGACACCAGCCACACAUCUGACCACAGCUGUGUCUGCCAAGGAAGCAAGAUACAAGGACCGGGACCUUCUUCCAUCUGCUGUGCCACGGGGACAAACUAAGACCCAUGAAGGAGCAAUGACUUCCUCCCAUGGUCUUCCCAAAACUCUUCUGACAUGGGACUCCCUGGGGCAGCAGCUGACUCUUCCUGUGCUUUACCCAGAAUGUGUCUGUGGGAAGCUCUUUCUUAAUACCAGCGGGAUCAUCAACAUGACGGGUGUAGCGAGCAGUGACUGCACUGUGGCCAUUGGACGUCCUCUCAGGGAGGAGAUAACAGUACAUGUCUUGGAGAGCUCCCUCAACUGCAGUGCAGGUGAGGUAGUGCUGUUCUCUGGGCGAAUGAUGUGGCGGACCGGCUGCAGGAAGCUUACUUUCUCACUGAUAAAUUCCAGAACGAAUACACUGAUCGUGAAACAGCGUGUUUUGCUGCCAGGAAAUGGGGUCAUUCUUCAGUACAACAGCAGAACUGCAACUAAAAAAUAUUAUCAAGACUGUGAUAAGCAACUGUUUGGUCCCCAUGGUGAAAUAGUAAAUCCUGUGCAAUUGCCCGAUCAAAGGCAAGAAGUUGUGUGUCGGACCUUCAUCAAUAUGGCUCCUCGGCAUCGCAUAGCUAUCCGUGCCCUAUACAUUGACCUGGGCAAUGAGAGCAACCAAACACAUUUUAAUUACAUCUUGGUCCGUGAUGUUAGCACCAUGAAGACGAUGGUGUUCCAUGGGAAACAACAGUUCUUCUGGCAAUCAACAGGAAGCCAAGCUGAAAUUGAAUUCCAUGAAAAUGUUAAGGAUCAUCAAAUCAAUUUCUGGGCUGAAUAUUAUGCUAUUGAGCCAAAAUAAAAGGAUCUGGGGCCACUGCACUGAGAAAGGCCAUGGUCCAGUUAAUCACUGCUGCCUGUCCACUGUUUGAGGUCACAUGAAUCUUUUAAUCUUUUCGCAACUGCUUCCCCAUUUAUUAAGAGCAAUAAUACCUUCUGACUCCUUUGGGAUCUCAGUUAAUAAUUAUAAAGAUUGUGCAAAGGACAUGUAACUACCAAAUAUUUAGCAACCAGUCCUCAUAUGGAUUUUCUGUACAUAUUUGUUGGUAUUAAUGCAGUUUACAUGUCUGCAGUCAGUGACUUGGACACUGAAGUCUUGGGUUUCUGCUUCUGUAACAUGCCAUGACCUUUUAGGAUAGUAAUUUAAUUUCGUGGUGGCUUAGUGUCCCAUUGCAAACCUCUAUACAAGUAGUUGUGAUUAUGGUUUAGUCUUUAAGUUCACUCUUCUGCAAUUUAAAUGCCCCUUAAAACUGAGACCUCUUGAAAUUCUGGAAUGUUAUAAAGGCAGAGAUGUGUGUGAGGAUGAGCUGCUAGCACAAGAAGACUAGAGCCAUGUGAGGGCAAGAGAGUUUCUUUGCCCAGGAGGGGGGAGCACAGCACUAGGACAGGUCACUCGGAAAGCUGAAAUGUUUUCAGGAGUUGGCAAGACCUGGUCAGAUGCUGCUGACCUGGUCAGGCCCUGCUGACAGUUGGCUUUAUAUGGGAGGACUAAAUGACAAUCAGAGGUCCCUCCCUAGCCACCCACACUUCUGUGGUUUUACUACUAUAUAUCUGAUAGUGAUACCAGUACUUUUCAAUGGGAAAAUAAAAGAGUUCUGUCUCUUAA